ACGAGUGUAUUCAUCAAUAGUUGAUUAAUCUCAAAAAAAAUUAGAGCAUGCUUUUCUCAAAUGGAAAUUCAACAAGAUCAAGUCGAUUAAAAGUCGUUUGUCAAUUAAAAUGUUUGCAAAACUAAUCCAAAAAAGCGAUUUCAUCCUUUUUCUUUUUUCACCAAAAAAGGAGGGAAAAUCACCGAAUAAAAUGAAAACACAGAGUAGUUUUGAUGAUCGAAAAUGACCCAAAUUCCUUAUGAAUUGAUCCGACAAGUCCAGAUCCGUACCCGGUCGGCGGCGGGGCUACCAGAUUACGACCCGUCGGAUCCUACCCUACCUCAUCUGCCGUCUCUCUCGCCAUCGGACCGCCGCUGCCGGAACUGCAAAGCGUUUCUUCUUAGAGAAUCGGAGUCUAUCAUCUGCUUGUACUGCGGCAUUGGUCUCCAUUACGACGAUGUUCCUGACCCCAUCUGCUUCACCUCCACCGCUGGGCACCAGUGGCUACUCCGCUCGCUCCACUUCGAUGGAUCGCAGCAGCUCUUGCCGAUCAAGAUUUGUUUCAAAAUGUCCAAUCAUCCAAGCCGGCAUUCAGCUCUUCUGAGCACAUGAACAACAGAGCUCUUUCUGGAUGGGAGGAGGCGGAUUUUCAGUUGGCUGAUUCUGAAAAUCAGCUUGGUGGGCACUCGUCAUCUGAUCAUGUUGUAGCUUCUUCAGAAGGUUCUAAUAUUAAAUUUGAAGACCCUAUGUCCUUUCAGAGCUCCUCGAGUUUAAAUGUUGAUCUUGGUGCUCAACUCGAUUCUGUGUUUGGACCUGGAGAAAACCUGAAUGAUGGGAAAGGAAACGGCUAUGCAUUCGAAUGAUGCAUGGAAUUAUCUGGGGUGCCCGAUUUGACAAUCAAAAUGACCCUACUACACUAGGCUCCUCUGAUACUGAUAUAUUCAACUGUGACAAUAAGUUUGAAGGUGACAAGAAGCCCUCAGGGGGAGAUUUAUUCAGCUUUGACAACAAGCCCUCAGAGAGAGAUUUAUUCAGCUUCGAGAAUAAUUUUGAUGAUGACAAGAAGUCCCCUGAGAGAGAGAUAUUCAGCUUUGAUGGUGAUUUUGGAGGAGAAUUUAGCAGCUACUCCCAGCCUAAUGCUCCUGCACAAGGCAAUGCAAUCAUGCCCAAAGAUCGUGCUUCAAUCUGGUUCAGCAACGCGAGCUGCCCUUCCCUUGAAUCCAUACAAGCUGCAAGCAACGAAGAUGAAUCCUCGAAGGAUGGUGUGAAGAUGCUGAUGUCCCAGAUGCACGAUCUUUCCUUCAUGCUUGAAACCGGUCCUUCUAUUCGCUCUGGCUAAGAUGACCCGAAGCCUGUUCGAAAAGAUUGAUAAGCUGCAAGAUUUGUGAACUUUUGAGCAUGUUCUCUGCUGUACCGUUUAUCUGGUAUGGUUUUAUGAUUAUGGGAAGGUUUUUAUCAUUGAGUCCCAUGGUGCAUACAAGGGAUUAUAUGCAAGAAACACAUUAUUUCCUAAUUAAAUGUGAUUAAUCGGCAAAUCCAUUUAAA